AUGAAAAUAAAUUAUAAAAAUCCCUUCAACACAUUUUCAGUACAACAAUUAUUUAAUUUAAAUUUUAGACGACGAAAGGAUAGAUGGAGAAUAAACAAAUUAAUAUUAUUACAAUUUUUAACAAAAUUAAAAAUAUUUUUAUUUAUUUUUAUUAUUUUAAUUUGUAAAAUAACAAAAAAUGAAGCAUUACAACGUGUUAGCGAAUAUCAGCGUUUUGAUGGAUGGUUUAAUAAUUUGGCAAAUCCACAAUGGGGAAGUGUCGGCAGUCGAUUACACAGAGACGCGCCUAGCAGUUAUCAAGAUGGUGUUUACAGAUUGGAUUCAUCUUUGCCUUCAGCUAGAGUUAUUUCUGAAUUAAUGUUUAAAGGAGAACCUGGCAUUCCUAGCAGACGCAAUCUGACAACGAUGUUUGCCUUUUUUAGUCAGGUCAUUGCCUAUGAAAUAAUGCAAUCAACUCAAAACAGUUGCCCUUUGGAAAUGCAUAAAAUCCCUGUCGAGCGUUGUGAUCCAAUAUUUGAUAAGGAUUGUGAAGGAAAAACUGAUAUUCCUUUUACUAGAGCGAAAUAUGACAAAGGGACAGGACAUGGAUUAAAUUCUCCUAGAGAACAAAUUAAUGAGAGAACUAGUUGGAUUGAUGCUUCCUUCCUCUAUAGUACUCAAGAGCCGUGGGUUGCAGCAUUACGUUCAUUCGAAAAUGGCACUCUUCUUGAAGGCCCAAUGCCUGGCUACCCUCCUUUCAACGAUCCACACAUCCCUUUAAUUAAUCCUCCACCUCCACAAAUUCAUAGAUUAAUGAAUCCUGAAAGACUUUUCAUUUUGGGUGAUCCAAGAAUUAACGAAAAUCCCGGUCUUCUCAGUUUUGGACUAAUUCUCUUUCGUUGGCAUAAUAUUCAAGCUUUGAGACUACAACAGGAAUUUCCUGAAUGGACAGAUGAAGAGCUUUUUCAAGGAGCCAGACGAUUGGUUAUUGCUACUUUACAAAGUAUUGUUCUUUACGAAUUUUUGCCUGUUUUGCUAAGCAUUUCAAAAGAAGAAAUACCAGAAUAUCAGGGCUAUAAUCCUCAUGUUCCUCCAGGAAUUUCUCAUUCAUUCGCAACUACAGCCUUCCGAUUUCCACAUACUUUAGUACCCCCGGCAUUAUUACUUAGAAAAAGAAACGGAAAAUGUGAAUUUAGAAAAGAGGUUGGAGGCUUUCCAGCUCUUCGACUUUGUCAGAAUUGGUGGAAUGCGCAGGAUAUUGUGCGAGAAUAUUCUGUCGAUGAAAUUGUCUUAGGGAUGGCUUCUCAAAUAGCAGAGGAUGAGGAUCAUAUAGUUGUUGAAGACUUACGUGAUUUUAUUUUCGGUCCAAUGCAUUUUACUCGUCUUGAUGUUGUUUCCACUUCAAUUAUGAGAGCAAGGGAUAAUGGAUUACCUGGAUAUAAUCAAUUGAGAAAAGCAUAUAAAUUAAAACCAAAAGAUUGGACUACAAUAAAUCCAAAAUUAAACGAAACAAAUCCCGAAAAAAUAAAUAAAUUGGCAAAUCUUUAUGACUUUAAAAUUGACCGUUUGGAUGCUUAUGUUGGGGGAAUGUUGGAAGCUGAUGGAAAUGGACCUGGAGAACUUUUCUCUGCAAUAAUUAAAGAUCAAUUUCUUAGACUUAGAGAAUCUGACAGAUUUUGGUUUGAAAAUAGGCAAAAUGGAUUGUUUACUGAUCGAGAAAUAUUCUUUAUCAGAAGAAUUACUUUAAGAGAUAUAAUUCGGCAAACAACAUCAAUCGGAAAAGAAGAUAUUCAAGAAAAUGUAUUCUUUUGGAAAAAUGGCGAUCCAUGUCCACAACCUUUUCAAGUUAAUAUUUCUAGUCUUGAAAGUUGUGUUCCAUUUAUGCGUUUUGAUCAUUUUACUGGAAAUGAAGUUACUUAUAUAUUUACUUUCUGUAUUGGUAUUGGUUAUUUACUUGUCCAAAGAAGAAAGAAAAUGGGAAUGUUAUUCGAACCUGGUGCUAUCAAAAAACAAAAUCAGGAAUCAACAGAGGAUGAGGGAAUUAUUGCAAAAGAUCAAAAACUUGUUUUUCCUGCAAUUGAAUGGCUAAAUGAGACUUUCUGCAGAUCAAUCCUCGUCGAAUUAAAUUCAGAAUAUUCUCAAUUAAAAAUUUUGAAGCGUAGAAGUGGUGGAAUUUUGCGUAAAUUAGAUUUUGGAGACGUUAAUGUAUUGAGAUUAACUGUAACAAAAAGUGGAAGUGUAAGGAAAGGACAAGGGCCAUUUGUGUGUAUUUCUUUGCCAAAAAAUUAUGAUGUUGUUUUAAGGCUUCGUUCAAAACAUCAAUGGUCAAAAUUCCGUUCUUCUUUGGGGAAUUGCCUUUUAAAACACGGAAAACUUUUAAAAGAAGUUGAAGCAGAAAAUGAUGUUUUACUUGAAGCAGCAGAAACAAAAGAUAAAAGACAAUCUAAAUUGGAUCAUUUCUUUCGGGAAGCUUACUCUAGAGCAUUUAAUGACCCAGCAUUAAGUGAUUCUUCCCAAAUAUCAAAUACAAAUUUUAAUUCAAUGCAGCAAGUAAUGGCAAUGACUUUAACUAAAGCAGAAUUUGCUGAAGCAUUGGGAAUGAGAACAAGUGAUUUAUUUGUUCAAAGAAUGUUUGCUUGUAUGGCAGCUAAUUCUAAUGAAGAAAUUGAUGGAGGGAAUGAUACAGUUGUGACUUUUCAGGAGUUUCUUGACGUGUUGCGCAAAUUUACUCAAGGAUCUUUAAGAGAAAAGCUUCAACUAGUUUUUGAUAUGUGUGAUCUUGAACGUGAAGGGCGUGUUCAACGGAAACAAUUUUGUGAAUUUGUGAAAUCCUUAAAUAUUGCUGCCGGUGUUAGAAUUGACCAAGAAGUUCAAGAUCAAGUGUUAGAAUGUGUUUUGAAAAGGGCAGGAGUUGACCCAGAAAGAGAUAUUUUAACUUACAAAGAUUUUGAAGCAAUAUUUAGUCAAAUGGUGGAUAUACGUAGACCUGUUGGUGUGCAUUUGAGAGGAGUAAAUAUGAGGAUUAAUUUAGAAGAAACUCAAAGUCUCAAUAGUUUUGCUGUUACUUCAGAAGUUAAAGAUCCAUUUGACAAAAAUUCAAUUUCCUUACUUCUUAGUUAUUUGGAAAGUUAUAGACAACAUAUUGUUAUUUUAUUUCUUUUCUUUGCUGCAAAUGCUAUUGUUUUUUUAGAAAGAUUUUGGUUUUAUCGGUAUGAAAAUGAACAUCGUGAUUUACGCCGAGUAAUGGGUGUUGGAAUUGCCAUAACAAGAGGAGCAGCAGCAGCUCUUUCCUUUGAUAUGGCAUUAAUACUUUUAACUGUUUGUAGAAAUAUUUUGACAAUUUUAAGAGAAUCUUUUGUUGGAGAAUAUAUUCCUUUGGAUUCGGCUAUUACUUUCCACAAAAUUGUUGCGAUAACGGCUGGUGUGUUUGCAGCAAUUCACACAAUUGGGCAUUGUGUUAACUUCUACCACGUUGCAACACAAAGUCAAGAGGGACUUGCUUGCCUCUUUCAAGAGGUUGCUUUAAUGAGUAUUAUUUAUGUAUUUUCUGCUCCGGCAGUAAUGAAACGUGCUUAUCAUGCUUUCCGCCUCACUCAUUUGCUCAACAUACUUCUUUAUGCUUUCACUAUUCUUCAUGGAUUGCCUAAACUUCUUGAUUCUCCAAAAUUCUGGUAUAUUGUACUUGGUCCAACUAUUAUUUUCAUUAUUGAUCGAAUUAUUGGCAUGCGAAAACAAUAUAAACAAUUGAGAAUUGUUGAAGCUGCUGUUCUCCCCUCCGAUAUAAUCUACAUUCAAUUUAAACGUCCACAUUCAUUUAAAUUCCGUAGUGGACAAUGGGUGCGUAUUUCUUGUCCCGCACUCUCUUGUGCUUUCAAUGAACAUCAUGCUUUUUCACUUGCGUCUGCACCACAAGCUCAAACUUUGGCACUUUUUAUUAAAGCAGUAGGGCCUUGGACUUGGAGUUUACGAAAUGAAAUAACUGAAGCACAAGAGAAUGGACUUGUUUAUCCUGUCCUUAAUUUGGAUGGCCCUUACGGGGAUGGAAAUCAAGAAUGGUAUAAUCACGAAGUUGUUGUUAUGGUUGGUGGAGGUAUUGGAGUAACGCCUUAUGCUUCUACUUUAAUGGAUUUGGUAUUGGAAAGGGCUUCUGGUAAUCAUAGUGGAAUUAGAUGCAAAAGAGUUUAUUUUCUUUGGAUAUGCCCAACACACAAAAAUUUUGAAUGGUUCGUUGAUGUACUCAAAGAAGUUGAGAAAUAUGACACACAAAAUCUUCUUGAAACACAUAUUUUUGUCACCCAAUUCUUUCAUAAAUUUGAUUUGAGGACGACUGUUUUGGUGAGUUUAGAGCGGACAGUAAAGAUAGGAAUGGAUAUAUAUGCGAGAAACAUUUCCGUGGCAACAAUUCUGGUCAUUCAAUGUUCACCGGUCUCAGAGCUACCAACCACUUUGGACGUCCAAAUUUUGAUUUAUUUUUUAAAUUUCUUCAAAGUCGGCAUCAGGAUGUAA